CCUUUCGGUCGCUGCCCUUGAAAAAGUUGCUGGUUGUUGGCGUUGGCUUUGGUUUUGGUUGUUGAGCCGACGCCGACGCUGUCGUUAUCGUCAUCGUUAUAGUCUUUACAUUUAAAAUCGCCUUUAAAUUGAGCCUAACGCUUCAUUAGCUUUGGCCAUUUAGUCGAUCGUGUGCAUUCGCGCUGUCAACAAGAAAGAUCGCUAAAUAACCAACUACUCGGUAAACAGUGUUGUUCAUCCUGCCGGGUGCCGCCGACGAACGUAAAGCCAAAGUAUUACAAACGCGCAGAAAUUGUGAAAAAAUGUGUGGUUAACGAACAAAGGAAAUUUAUUUUCACGAAAUCAUCAGAAAUUUAAGCAUAACAAAGCCAAAAGAAUUUUUUCUCCACAGAAUUUUUUUCCCGUAAAUUUUUUUAUAAAUAAAACGUCGAUUAGUAGACCACAAAUAUACAUACGGGUAUGCAUUGAGUAGACUAAAAUAAUAAUAAAAAUAAAUAUUGCUUGUACGGAAGCAAUUAACGUUUGGACUUCCAGAGGCUGCCAUUUCUUUAUGUUUGUAAUUUUUGCUGUUAUUGUAAUGCAAUUUGAAUUUUCUGCAACUCAGCAGUAAGUGAAAGACAAAAGAAAAAGAAGAAAACAAACCUAAUUUUUUUUAAUAAAUUAUUGUAAACAAAAGUGAAAAAAGAAGAUCAAAAACGAGUGUGCGUGCACUGAAGAGAAUGUCUACAAGUGCGCCUUGAUGUUGAUCGUGCCAAUUUCAUGUAAAAAGUGCUUAAAUGUGCAAAUUGUUUUUGUCUCUUUAAUAACAUUUUUUUGUGGGUCCUCAUUUUUGUUGUGUCGUAUUUGUUUGUCUUUUUGCUCAACGAAUUUAUGCACAAAGUCAUAAUGAAAUUUUCCACUACGAGUAUUUGUUAGUGCAAUGCAUGUGCAUAACCAACUAUAAUUGUUUAGACAUGGAAAUACAUAAUUACCAUUAAUUGACUUAUCAGCCCCACAGUUUUUGCAUAAGUGCAUUCGGCGAAAAAAUCGUUUACAUAUACGAGUUUAAGCAUUUCAAGCAAAUGAUCGGCGUAUAAAGUAUUGUUGUAGCAAGUAAUAAAUUGGAUUUGUAACAUCAACUUAUUGCCUAAUUGAUCAAUUGAUGUGCGUAGAAUUCUACACAUAUUUAAAAUUUAAACGGAAAUAAAUAACAUUUUUUAUUAAAAAAAGUCAAAUUAUAUAUAUAAAUAAACCGAUAUAGUGUGACUAGCAACUGCUUGUGAUAUACACAAAUACACACAAAGAAAGCAAUAAUUGCAAUAGUUAUACGAAAAAAACAGCUCCAAUAUAAAAGUGACGUCGUUCAAGUAUAAAAAAUCGGAUAGCGAACGCGCAUUCAAGCCCAGUUAGCAUUUCAAAGAACGUCGAACGACGAACUGAAAAAGUAAUAAAAUAAAACAUACACCCACAAAUCGUCAAAAUCGCCAACAUCAACUUUAACUCAAUACUAAAACGUCAACGCCAUUGCUAUUGAAAAUUGAAGCCAACAGAGCAGCAUAUUUAUUCUCUACCGUCAUCGUCAUCAACAUCAACAUCAACAUCAUCACUAUCGACAUACAUCGCCAACUGGCUACGAGACCGCCCCACUAAACCACUAUUGUCCAUUGUACAAUAGACGCAAAAGUUGAAGUCGUUCGUUGUGCUCCACUAACAGGUACUUUGAAAUUACCGCACCUACGAACACAGGUCAGGUCGCAUCAUACGCAUCAACCAUGGAUUUUGAUCAGAUACUCUCCAAAUGCGGCGAUUUCAGUCGUUAUCAAUUGAUGUUGUUGAGCCUGUUCGGUGUUAUAAAUUUCAUCGUUUCACUACACUAUUUUACCCAGACUGUGAUAAGUUUUGUGCCCGAUCAUUGGUGCUACCAUGAGAAAUUAGCGAAUAAGUCAUUCGAUGAGAUAGCGGAGAUCUAUUCCAAAUUCUCCAAUCCAUCUUGUACGCGUCUGCUCGAUAUCGAUGGCCCUAAUGUGACAGUGAGUCCAGAGCGCUGCACGCGUUGGAUCUACAAAUAUGAUUACGGUUAUCGGAGCAUGAAUACCGAGCUGGAUUGGGUAUGUGAGUCAUCGUACAAGGCGCGUGUUGGACAAUCCUUGUUCUUUAUAGGUUCCGUUGUGGGAACCCUCUUUUACGGUCUACUCUCGGAUAAGAUAGGUCGUUUGCCUGCUUUGAUACUUUCGAAUUUUUCGGGCUUUAUUGGGGAUUUUUCGACAAUAUUCUCGCAAAGUGUGACAACAUUUUCACUUUGUCGUUUCAUAUCCGGCAUGGCAGCAGAUACGAAUUUUUACCUCAUGUAUAUUAUCGUACUCGAAUACAUCCGUCCGUCGAUGCGUACACUUGGACUGAACUUAGCCGUCGGUGUCUUUUAUACAAUCGGUCUAGUCUUUACUCCGUGGCUGGCGGUACUCGUUGGCCAUUGGCAACUUUACUUAGCCUGCACUUCACUGCCAAUUCUCUCUGUAGUGUUGUUUUAUUUUGUGGUGCAGGAGAGCGCUCAAUGGUUGGUCACAAGAAAUGAUGUGGAUGGCGCUAUAAAGCGUUUGAAACGUGUCGCCCGAUUCAAUAAACGUAAAGUAACGCCAGCGGAAUUUGAGGAAUUUCGCAAACAUUGUGAGAAGCAGCGUCAGAAGAUGGGCGGCGAUGAGCAGGUGCAUUCGACGCUCUUGGAUAUGUUUAAAACGCCACGCAUGCGCAAACAUACGCUUAUACUGUUCUUCAAAUCCAUGGUCAUCACCCUUUGCUACGAUGCUGUGUCACGUAAUGUCGAAGGCAUGGGCAUCUCGCCUUUCAUCAUGUUCUCCUUGAGUGCCAUCGCCGUACUACCGUCUAGUAUUAUUGUCAUCUUGCUGCAGGAUCGCAUUGGACGUAAAGGUAUGGCGGCUGGAUCAUUGCUUGUCGGCGGUUUAUUCACCACAAUGGCUGGCAUAGCGAUCGCCUAUCAACAACACAACCACAAUGCGAUACUAUUGGCGGCCUUAACAAUUGCGGCGCGUUUCGGUGUGGCCAUCUCUUACGAAUCAGGCUCACAAUACGCCACUGAGCUGAUACCGACCUGUGUGCGCGGGCAAGGUGUGGCAGCGGUGCAUGUAGCUGGUUUUGCGGCAUCAUUCUUAGCGCCAUAUAUCUUGUGGUUGGGUACGUUCUUCAAGGCGGCGCCAUCUAUUAUUUUGGGUGUGCUCUUCUUUACGGGUUCCUUUGUUUGCUUGCUCUUGCCCGAAACGCUGAACAGAACGCUUCCAAAGACCGUUGAGGAGGGUGAGGUAUUCGGCAAAGGUGAACGCAUGUUUGAUUUUCCAUGUAUUUCGAAGAAAGGCAAACAUUCAUGCAAUUCAGAGGAGGAAGUCUACGAGCGAAAGCAAUCGUUAACUGUUUUUGAACGUGGUGAUGAAUCGGCCGAUGAGAACCUUAACAGUGCGGCGUAAAAGUAAUAGAGCGCAUGAAUUUCGCUAGAUAUACUUAUAAUAUAAUAUUUUUCUAGGCUUCCUUAGACGAUGUUAAGCUAUAAAUCAAAGAAAUAAUACAAACAAGCGCAAAAAGUAGAAAGAAUUUUUUUACAGUUUAAUUUUGUUAGUAAACGUCUUUAGUUCUUAAGUACUUACCGGUAAUUUUCUAGGCGAUAGGCGGAAUAUAGGUUGAAAAUGUAGAAGAAAUUCGUCGAAAGCACUCAAAAUAAUAUUUGCUAGAGAGCAAUUUUUACAAAUGUAUGUAUGUACAUAUAAAAAAAAAAAUAAUUUAAGAAUUUAAAAGAAUUUAGGGAAGCGAAACGGAUAUUUGGUAUAUAUGUAUAUACAAUAUAUAUAUUCUUAUACGAAAAGCUUAUAUAUAGAUAUAAAGAAUAUUAGUACUAGCUUAAACCCGCAUAUAAACUCUUAUAGAAAUCAAAUCGGCAUAAAUAAAUACAUAUACAUACAUAUAUAUACAAAAGGUAUAUCGUAGUACUUCAAAAGUUUACUAACCACCCUUAGCAUUGGGCACAAUUUUACUUAAGCAAGGCUUUAAGCAAGUACUGAUUUCUAUGCUGAUUUACAGGAAAAAAAAACAAAAACAAAAAAGAAAUGCAGGCAUAUAAAAAUUGUAAUUAAUUUGGAAAAAAGCGAAAUUAAAUGUGGAAAAUCUAAAUAUCGUAUUAUGACACAAGAACACCGCAAAAUAUAUAAAUAUACAUACAAACAUACAAGUUAGGCUUAUGAGCUCCUUGUAAAAUGUACAAUAUGUAAAUACAUAUACAUAUGUGAGCGGCAGAAAAAUAAUCUGUACGUAUGUAUUUAUAUGUAUAUUUAUAUAUAUGUAUAUAUAUAAAUGCAUAUACAUAAAUAUGCUGUAUACACAUAGCCAUACAUAUAUUGCAUAUAUAAGCCAUGCAUAUGCGUAUGAAUAAGUCAAAUAAUAAUUAUAUUCAUACCUAAGCGCUAACGAAGGAAAAAUACUUAUACAAAUUUAUAAAAUACAUUUACUCAUAUAAACACAAAAGUUGUAUAAUAUAUAUAUUUUUUUUUUUUCAAUAUAUUUAGUUUUUUAUAAGCAUAUAGUACAUAUAAAUUAAAUAGCUGUUAGCCUUUACUAGUAAAUCCAAAUAAUUAUAAAGCAAAAUCUUUUAAAACGAUUUAUUUUGUCUUCAU